GGCGAGCCAGCCAGCCAGCCAGCCAGCGGCCUGCCCCGCCGCCGGAGCCCGCCCCUCGGGCCUCCCUCUCCCGCCCCGUCCCGGCCGCCCUCCCCGGGGCCUUCUAUAUGGGCCACCUUCUCUCGAAGGAGCCGCGUAACCGCCCGAGCCAGAAGAGGCCUCGCUGCUGCAGCUGGUGCCGCCGCCGGCGCCCACUCCUCAGCCUGCCGCGCCGGACUCCGGCCAAGGCGUCCCCGCAGCCCGCGGCGCCCCGGAGCCGGGACUGCUUCUUCCGCGGGCCCUGCAUGCUCUGCUUCAUCGUGCACAGCCCCGGCGCGCCCGCCCCCGCCGGCCUAGAGGAGGAGCCGCCGCUCUCGCCGCCGCCGCUCUCGCCGCCGCCGCGGGACGGGGCCUACGCCGCCGUCUCCUCGCAGCACCUGGCGCGGCGCUACGCGGCCCUGGCCGCGGAGGACUGCGCCGCCGCCGCACGCCGCUUCCUGCUGUCCUCGGCCGCCGCCGCCGCCGCCUCGUCGCCCGAGUCUUGCUGCAAGGAGCUGGGGCUGGCCGCCGCCGCCGCCGCCGCCGCCGCCUGGGAGCAGCAGGGCCGGAGCCUCUUCCUGGCCGGCGUGGGGCCCGUGCGCUUCCUGGGACCGCCGUCCGCCGUGCAGCUCUUCCGGGGACCGCCGGCGCCGCCGCCGCCGCCGCAGGGCGAGCCCACCACGGUCCUCGAGAUGGUCUGCAAGCGGAAGGGGGCCGGGGUCCCCGCCUGCACCCCUUGCAAGCAGCCCCGUUGCGGCGGCGGGGGCUGCGGCGGGGGCGGCGGCGGCGGGGGAGGGCCCGCGGGAGGAGGUGCCUCGCCGCCGCGGCCGCCCGAUGCCGGCUGCUGCCAGGCCCCGGAGCAGCCCCCGCCGCCGCGCUGCCCCGCGCCCGCCUCUCCCGCCUCCGACUGUGCCCCGAUCGAGGCCGCCGCCGCCGCUGCCGCCGGGGACGCAGCAGUCCGAGCCGGGGGCGCCGCCCCCUCGUCUGCCCAGCAGCAGCAGCAGCAGCCUGAAAGCGGCGACGCGGACUGUCAGGAGCCCCCCGAAAACCCCUGCGACUGUCACAGGGAGCCGCCCCCCGAAAUCCCAGACAUCAACCAACUGCCGCCGUCCAUCCUGCUUAAGAUCUUUUCCAAUUUGUCCCUGGAUGAGCGCUGCCUUUCUGCAUCAUUGGUCUGCAAGUACUGGCGUGACCUUUGUUUAGAUUUCCAGUUUUGGAAGCAGUUGGACCUGAGUAGUCGUCAGCAGGUUACUGAUGAAUUAUUGGAAAAAAUUGCCUCCAGAAGUCAGAAUAUAAUUGAAAUCAACAUUUCUGAUUGUCGCAGUAUGUCUGAUACUGGCGUGUGUGUUCUAGCAUUUAAGUGUCCUGGCCUUCUUAGGUAUACAGCCUACAGGUGUAAGCAGCUUUCUGACACCUCUAUCAUUGCGGUCGCGGCUCACUGUCCUUUACUGCAGAAGGUCCACGUUGGCAACCAGGACAAACUCACCGAUGAAGGACUCAAGCAGCUGGGCUCAAAAUGCAGAGAACUCAAAGACAUUCACUUUGGCCAGUGUUACAAGAUCUCCGAUGAAGGCAUGAUUGUCAUAGCUAAGAGCUGCCUGAAGUUACAGAGGAUAUACAUGCAGGAGAACAAAUUAGUGACAGAUCAGUCAGUGAAGGCGUUCGCUGAGCACUGCCCUGAACUCCAGUAUGUCGGCUUCAUGGGUUGUUCAGUUACUUCCAAAGGAGUCAUUCACUUAACCAAGCUAAGGAACCUGUCCAGCUUAGACCUCCGUCAUAUUACUGAACUGGAUAAUGAAACCGUGAUGGAAAUCGUCAAGAGGUGCAAAAAUCUCAGCUCUCUGAAUCUCUGUCUGAACUGGAUCAUAAACGACAGGUGUGUGGAGGUCAUUGCGAAGGAGGGACAGAACCUGAAAGAGCUGUACUUGGUGUCCUGUAAAAUCACUGAUUAUGCACUGAUAGCCAUUGGGCGAUACAGCGUGACCAUAGAGACUGUGGACGUUGGAUGGUGUAAAGAAAUCACGGAUCAAGGAGCCACCCUGAUUGCACAGAGCAGCAAGUCCCUGAGAUACUUGGGCCUGAUGAGAUGUGAUAAAGUCAAUGAAGUGACAGUGGAGCAGCUGGUGCAGCAGUACCCUCACAUCACCUUCAGCACCGUUCUGCAGGACUGCAAGAGGACCUUGGAGAGAGCCUACCAGAUGGGUUGGACCCCCAGUAUGUCCGCUGCCACCUCCUAACUCUUCCCAUACCCGGGCCUACCCAGGCUGGCUCAGCAGAGUGGAGAAAUGAGGUCUGGAACAGGGGGUCUUUCGAAAGGUUUUAACCGUCACCUGUCAGUGUGUGUACCCAAGUGUCCCAUUUGUGUCUGGUUUGCAUUUUGCAUAGCAUAAGCGCACUCUUCACUUACCCCCAGGUGAGCUGGCUUGUUUUCCCCAAAAUGGAGGAUUAUGAAAACCAUGACCUUUUUUUUUUUUUUUUUCAAUUCAAAAGUUUAUUUCUGUCAAAAAAGACUUUGUGGAAUCUCAAGUCAGAAAACUGGGUGUGUAAUUUUGAGCUUCUAAGUUCUGACACAACUUGGAAAUGCUCGCCGAAAGGCUUUGUUCUGUGGUAAGCUAUCUUGUACGCUUCUGAGAAGAUCAGAACAGAAGUGAUACUGCUGUAACUAGAAGCCUGGGGGCUAGGAUCCCUCAAAAUCCUGGAACACACACCUGCAGUUCCACUCUCAUGUACUGUCAUGCAUACGCACACAUGCUAGGUCAAGUUCUUGCUUGGUAAAUUAUUUCCUGACAGAGGAACCUUCCUGGGUCAUGAAGAGAGCAUGCCAUCCACUAUGGUUAUGCCUAACCUACUGUGCCCACAGGGGGACACCGUGCUGUCUUGUAGGAAGGAGACUGAAUAAAGCCUUUUGAAAAUUUGUCUAUGGAGGCGACAGUCAGAAGUCCCCGGGCCAGCUCACAGAAGUUAAUUAUUCAUUAUUCUGUAAAUGCAUUCUGUUAAGUAAUAAAUAUGUUAGUUGGUUUUACGUUAACACUGUGUUAGCUUUUACUUUGUGGAUAGUUACUGGUCAAGAUGUAUUUUAGUGACAUUUGGGGCUAAUCUUGGCAUUAUCCACAUUGAAGCCACGAAUGUAAUUAAUGGUGUGCAGUUAUUUUAAAAAUUUUACAGAUCAUUUCAUUAUUUUGGUAAUUAUGAAAAUAUAUUCUGAGGUGGGGUAGUUAUAUUGAUAGAAGAUUAAUGAAUGAGAUGUACGUAGACAAUCUUCCUAUUGUAUUUUUUCCUUUGCUUUGGGAUUAGAACAGGUUUUUUGAAUAUAUGCAUGUUAUAAUUUUGAAUAGUUCUUACACUACUGCAAAGAUCUACUGUUAGCUAACGUAUGAACUAAGGAGAGAAUUUAGAAAAUCUGUUCAUUAAGAUUCUGUUUACACUUGCCAGAAAUCCGUAUUUUAGUUUAAUUAAAUAUUACUAGCUUUUACUUCUGUCAGUACCUAUCAGGAAAUGAGUAUAUGGUUGAUAUCACACAUCUCUACAGUUAACCCUUGCAGGGACUCAGGCUCCAGAUGACCUCUCCUGUGUCUGGAUUUAUAAUCUGGCAGCAGGGAGCCUUUUUAAGCUAAAGAGUGAUUAUCUUUCGUAGUAGGAGAAGCAAAACCUUGACUUUUGAACUUGCUAUUUAUUCUCCCCGUAUGUGGUCUUUGGUCUUUAACAAUUAUAAUGAGGUUUGAGUUUGUUGCCUAUAAAUCCCCACACUGCUGGAGCCUAGGAAGCAGAAGCAGCCUCAUUUGAAUGCCACUCACAUGUGUGUAGCUCCUCCUCUGUAGAAAAUGUCUGCUUCCCUUGAGUAUGUCAACAUGCUUCUGGUGUGGCAUUUUUUUGUUUUAAUCCCAAUCAGUUAAAAAACAAACCUACUGAGCAAGUACCAGGGUUACCUUUUCAUAACCAAAUGCGUUGCUCUGUUAAUUUGUCGGAAAUGAAACUUGUUUAAGAAAAAGCUGUUUACCAUUAGAAAAGACAUUUCUUCUUAUAUAUCAAACUGUAUCAUUUUAUAUCCAUUUCUCCUCUACUAAAAAUGUUAUUUCAUAAUAUUUUAACUGGUUUUUAACCCAAAACUAAUUUAUAAGACAGUGUGUAUAGUAAUAGUAGCUUAAGUGAAUAAACAAAAGUUUAAUUUUUAUAUAUGUCACACUAUAUUUUAAAUAGUUACACAAAGACAAAAGAAGGGAAAUCCGUCCUUGAUUCAGACGGUACAAUUACAGUUCAAAGUUGUGAUAAUCUUUGGAGUGUUACAGUCUAGUUGUCAAUGGUUUCAGAGUGUACAGCUGAUUUUUUUUAAACGUUGCAUUCUUUGAACCUAAAGUCCGGCACUAUAAAAUGCUUUAGCUUUGGGCAGGGGUUGGGAGGGGGGGUGUGCACUCAUUCUCUAAGAUGCUGACUAAUACAGAAACCCUGACGCAACAGAACCCAGAAAACCGCCUCAGUUCAUUUGUAGAAAUCUGUAGAAAUAUCUAUCCAGCCUCAAAGCAUUAAUCUAUAAAAAGCAGCCAGGAAAAGCAUCACCUCAAGUGAUCCUGUGGAGGGUGCCGCGUGUGCUCUCAUUAGAUGCUUUGAAAUGAGGCUUAAAAUACCUUUUUUCUGGGCAAUAUAGUCCCUUUUUUUUUCUUAGACUGUCAUAAAUACAUGUGAACACAUUUAAUGCAGGGCUUUUUAUCCUCUCCAAAUGUCAACAGUAUUUUCAGAAUAAAGCCUAUGAAAUAUAUUGCUGUAGUGGAAAAUUCCGGUCCUUUGUCUUUAAUGUCCUUUUGAAUGAAUAAAGAAAAUUCACCCAGUUUGUAGUUUCUAUAUUUCUGUGAAUCUUUUGACCUUGCAAUGGGUUGCAAUAAAAGAGAAA